GACUCCAACGUUCCUUUUUUCAAAAACCGUUGGAGCCCAAAUCCAUUUUUAAAACCCAAACUCUUAUUUUACAUCUCUGUCUUUCAACCUACAUUCCUGUCAUGUUCAACAACACCCUGUAACCCUCCAUUUUCACCAUUACCAAAGCCUUUUAAUGGGGUGUUUUCUCGGCUGUUUUGGUUUUUCUUCCAAAAGAAAACGUCGAAAACCGGCCAAUAAAGUGUUACCUGGAGACCCAAGACAUGGCAGUUAUGAGCCUCUGGAUUCAUCAGUUUCUACUCAUUUUGACAUUACAGAGAACCCCGCAAGCUCAGAUUCUCAGCUCAGCAAUAGGAUCAAAAUUGGGAAGAAGGUAAGCUUUAAUCUGAAUGUUCAAACUUAUGAGCCACUUUCAAAAGAAGAAACUGUAUAUCAUUUGCCCGAGAGCCAUGGAGAGGAAGAAAAAGAAAAGAGUGGUGCAGAAACAGCGAAAGGGAGCUUAUUUUCUGUUUCUGAAGGGAAUUCGACUGCUGCCAAAACGGGUUCAUUUCCUCCGAAUUAUAGAUACCAAAAAUUGACAGACAGCUAUGAAGAUGAAGAUGAUUUUGAAUACAAUGAAAGUGAUUUGGAUUUUGAUGAUGACUAUGAGGGUGAGGAAGAGAAUGAAGAAGAGUAUUAUGAUGAUGAUGAUGAGGGUGAGGGUGAGGAAGAGGAAGAGAAUGAAGAAGCGUAUUAUGAUGCUGAAAAUGAAGAUGUUGGUGGGGUUGCAAUUGACAUUGAUGAUCAAAGAGUAACCAAAAGUGAGUUCUUGAAGCAACUAAACUCACAACCUGAAGAAUUGUCUCAAGGAAUUUCUUGGAUUCAUUCAGCUGAGGACAAAAGCAACAACCAUAUUCAACUGCCUGGUUCAAUAGAUGGAGAACUCAAAUCAAUCGAUUUGAAAAGAAACGCUCGGGACAGGAGCCAGUUUGUAAAUUCUGUACUGAAUCCAGUAGAGAAUCUCACCCAAUGGAAAGCAGUCAAAGCAAGAGCAGCAGCACCUAAGCACCUGAGGAAGGAGAAUAAUGCAUUACAGCAAGAACCACAAACACCCUUUGAUUUCAAGAAAGGUUCCAAUAUGUAUCCUUCCAGUUUAGGACAAAAUCACAGUCAAUCAGAGGCUUUAGUGCAAGAGAUUGCAGUUAACGCAAGCCUUUCAAACUGGUUGGCCUCGCAAAAUCCUAACGAAUCCAAGGCCACAGGCAUCAUCAACAAUAGCAGCAUUUCUGUUGAGAACAUUCCACCAAAGAGAAGCAUGUUUGAUAGAUCAUGUUUACAGGAAAGCAGAGAAGACACACCAAUUUUAGACAUCACCAACUUGAAGGCCUAAUUGUUAGGUGCAAAUAUACGAAAAAAACUUAUGGAUACAAGCACAAGGAUGCUGCGAAACACAUUGUCAAAACCAAGAAGCAAACACAGGAAAUUCUGAGAAUAGAAGUGCAGCCAAAGUUGCUCCUAUUAAUCUUCCUAGUCUAUUCAAGUGUGAAACAAUAUGGAGUGUUGUUGUUUUUUAUGUUUCUGAUUCUUUUAUUGUAUUCUGACUGUAUUCAUAACCAUAAUGAUUCUGGAUAAUUUUGUGCUGCUGAGUGCUGAUAAAGUGGCUUUGAUUGUUUGUUGUAUGCCUUACUGUUUGCAUAAAGGUUCCAUAAUAUACUGUUACUGUAUAAUGUAGGAGAACUAUUUGAUUCCACUAUUUGAUAGUUUGUUGCUGUGCUUCUGUAA